UCAAAUAGUUGAAAACUGUGUAAAAUGACACUCAGUUCUCAGUGCAUGUUUUUCUCUUUCUCCAUAUUUCAGAAUAGCGGCAAAUGAACCGUCGUUUAUGUCGAUGCAGCUGAAGAUAUUAGACCAGCGGCAUAAACAAAAACUAAACCUGAAGGCACUGGACGCAGUGCUGUUUGGCCCUCCUCUCCGUCCACAACAUAACUGGAUGAAAGACUUCGUCCUGAUGGUUUCCAUAGUGAUUGGCGUCGGGGGCUGCUGGUUCGCAUAUGUGCAGAACAAGUCCAGCAAGGUGCACAUCUCCCAGAUGAUGAAGGAUCUGGAGAGCCUGCAAAACGCUGAGCAAAGUCUCUUAGAGCUGCAGAGCCGGCUGGAGAAGGCUCAGGAGGAGAACCGGACGGUGGCCGUGGAGAAGCAGAACCUCGAGCAGAAGAUGAGGGACGAGAUCAACGGGGCCAAAACCGAGGCUCACCGGCUUCGAGAGCUGCGAGAGGGCGCCGAGUGUGAGCUCAGCCGCCUCAAAUACGCCGAGGAGGAGCUAGUACAGGUGCGGAAAGCCCUGAAGCGAGCGGAGAAGGAGAUGCAGUCGGAGCGGUCCGUGCCUGAAGCUCUGCAGAAGUGGCUGCAGCUCACACACGAGGUGGAGGUUCAAUACUACAACAUCAAGAAACAGAGCGCAGAGUUCCAGCUGUGCGUCGCCAAAGACGAG